GGGCCGGAGCCGCCCGGAGCGGCACGGCGCAUGCGCCCGAGCGGUGGGCGGGGCGGGCGCAGAGCAGGGGCGGGUUUCCGGUUCCGGGGCGAGCAGCAGGUCCAGGUCCAGGUCCGAGGCGGCGGCUGCGUCCGGGGGGCGGGGGCGCGAUGGAGUCGGUGCUGAGCGAGGUGGUGGCGGUGGAGGAUCUGCUGCGGUUCGAGAAGAAGUACCGGGCGGAGCUGAGCGGCGGGGCGGUCUCCAAGGGGACGCAGUUCGAGUACGCCUGGUGCUUGGUGCGCAGCAAAUACACCGAGGACAUCAAAAAGGGCAUCGCGCUGCUGGAGGAGCUGGUGCCCAAAGGGUGCAAGGAGGAGCAGCGGGACUAUGUUUUCUACCUGGCCGUGGGCAAUUACCGGCUGAAGGAGUACGAGCAGGCCCUGAAGUACAUCCGGGGGCUGCUGAAGACGGAGCCCAAGAACACGCAGGCGCUGGAGUUGGAAAAGCUCAUCGACAAGGCCAUGCAGAAAGACGGCCUGGUUGGCAUGGCGAUCGUUGGCGGCAUGGCAUUGGGCGUGGCCGGCCUGGCCGGCCUCAUCGGAUUGGCCAUCUCCAAGUCGAAAUCCUAACCCUCUGGUGCAUCCUGGGAGUCCCCUCGUCCCCCCACUCCCGCCAGCUCCGCUCGAAGUCACGAAUCUUCCCCCUCCGGGGCAAUUCCUCCCUGCCCUGGGGUCCCGCUCUGGGGAGAGGGGGGCAGCUUGGCUCACCAGUGCCACGGGGGCUCGGCCACCUGGGGAGAGGGGCCGGGGGCGGGCUCCCCCUUUCCCCGGCAGCGGGGAGGUGGCUGCGGGGGGGAGCGGGGUGAAGCCCAGAGCGGAGAUGCCUGUCUGCUCCCGCCGGGUGCCAGGGCAGGGUCCGAAGUCCGGCCGCCCACCUCCUCCGUUUCAGGCCCCGCUGCCCCGGGCUUCCUGCCCCUCGCCCCGCUUCGUGCUGGGCAGGAAGGCAGGGGCCGGCCCCGCCGGAGGCUGCAGGCUUCGCCGGCCGCGCACCAGGGCAGAUCGCACUUCCCUGUCCCUGCUCUAACCGCUGCCUUCGCAAUGUAAAUAAAGGUUGUUUAUGAUUUGA